UUUUUGAUGGUGUAUACAAUACACUGAAACACCGUCUGUGACGUUGAAAAAAUGUUGGUAUUAAAUUUUCGAAGUUCUUAUCUAACGCAACAAUUAUCGCGUUUUACGAUAUACACUAUCUCAGAUAGUCAAUAGAUACGAAUGGUGAUGGCACAUGAAGUAAUAGACAUUCAUUAAUAGGUCAGUCGGCCGAUUGACGAGAGUAUGGAAGCAUAGUAGUCUCUACUCUUAGUUAACGAACGUGUGUGAAUUUAUUGAAGUCAAAAAUUUGAAUCUUUUUUGUGCGAACACAUCUCAGUUUUGUUAUGCUGAUUUAAUGUGUACGAAUGGUUGUUGCGGGGCGCAUUCAUUGUAGAUAAUAAUUCAUUAACCAUAGCAACAGUCACGCGUAUGCUGUUGUCUUAUCAAAAUGACUUUCAAAACCGUCGUUCGGAAAUAUGACGAUAAUAUGGAAAAUGAAGACAUGCCCAUGAUAACGGGCUUACUCACAAAUUUAGGUUUCUAUAUUUUGAUGCUUGCCGGCUUCGUGAGUCAAUUGUUUGUCAAACAAAAUGUGGAGACUGAGAAAAAUCGUGAUGGUUACGUUCCUCUCUAUAACAAAUUCGAAUUGUUCUACUUCGGCUAUGUGUACCGGCGAAUUCGUGAUUGCUUCAAUCGUCCAGUUGUGGGUGUGCCUGGUGCUGAAAUCACAAUCAAAGACAGAAAGAGCGAUGAUUUUGGAUGGACUUUCGAAUUUAGUGGAACUGAAACAAAAUGUUUGAAUUUGGCCUCGUACAACUAUCUAGGAUUCGCUUCAAAUACAGGAACCUGUGCUGAAAAUACCAUCAAAACCAUUCAGGAAUUCGGUUUGGUAUCAUGUAGUCCGCGAAGUGAAUUGGGAACAACGACACUUCUCGUCGAAUUGGAACAGCUAACCGCUCAACUAUUAGGCGUCGAAGACUCAAUUGUGUUCGGAAUGGGAUUCGCAUCGAAUGCAUUGAAUUUGCCAGCACUUCUAUCGCCGGGAUGUCUGGUGAUCAGCGACGAAAAGAAUCACGCUUCGAUUAUACUGGGACUUCGACUAUCCGGCGCGACAAUUCGGGUGUUCAAGCACAACAAUAUGCGGAGCUUGGAAACGAAAUUGGAGGAAGCCGUCUGUAAGGGACAACCGAACGGUGCACCGUGGAAGAAGAUUUUGAUUAUCGUCGAAGGUAUUUACAGUAUGGAAGGUUCCAUAGUCAAGUUGCCCGAAGUUGUGGCGUUGAAGAAAAAGUACAAAGCUUACUUGUAUUUGGAUGAGGCGCAUAGCGUUGGAGCGAUGGGAAAACAUGGUCGUGGAGUGUUGGAUUAUUUCGGUAUCGAUCCGAAAGAUGUUGACAUUUUGAUGGGAACGUUUACGAAAAGUUUCGCAUCAUCUGGUGGAUACAUUGCUGGAUCGAAGAAACUGAUCGAUUUCCUGCGGCAGAAUAGUCAUGCUCAUUGUUAUGCGUCCAGUAUGUCACCACCAGUGGCUCAACAAAUUUUGACGGCAAUGAAAAUUGUCAUGGGACUCGAUGGAACCGAUGAAGGUCAACGCCGAAUCAUUCAAUUAGCUAGAAACACAAAAUACUUUCGACGGAAAUUCUCUCAACUGGGCGUCAUUGUAUACGGUCACGAAGACUCAAUGGUCGUGCCGAUGAUUGUCUAUUUUUACUCGAAGUUAACCGCUGUCGUACGAAGGUUAACUGAAAGGAAUAUUGCUGUCGUUGGUGUCGGUUUCCCAGCUACUCGUCUAUUUUACGGCAGAGUUCGAUUUUGUUUGUCCGCAGCGCAUACCAAAGAACAAUUAGAUUAUGCCAUUCAAGUUAUUGCCGAGGAGAGCGAAACGCUUGGUCUCAAAUAUUCACGAAGGCCACGAAACUACGAUCCUAUAGAAUACUGAAUAGCGUCCGUGCACACGACAUAUAAGUAACUAGUACGAUGUAUGUCCUUAAUGGACAAAUGAAUAGAAAAACAAAAUUGUUACGCUCAUCCGUGAGACCCCAUGUAUUAUAUUGAGCAAAUGUACUCUCAACGUUCCCGGUUUCCAUGGCGCAAGAAGCAUGUGAAUAAAUUCUUAAACAAAUUA